AUGGUGGCCACAGAGAACAUGAAAAAGUCGCUGGAGCCAAUCAACUUGAGGCUCCAGCUCAUUAUGAAAAGUGGAAUGUAUGUGCUGGGGUACAAGCAGACUUUGAAGAUGAUCAGACAAGGCAAAGUGAAAUUGGUCAUCCUCGCCAACAACUGCCCAGCUUUGAGGAAAUCUGAAAUAGAGUAUCAUGUCACAUCAGCCAAAAUUGGUGUUCAUCACUACAGUGGCAAUAAUAUUGAAUUGGGCACAGCAUGUGGAAAAUACUACAGAGUAUGCACACUGGCCAUCACUGAUCCAGGUGACUCUGAUAUCAUUAGAAGCAUGACAGAAUAG